AUGGCCCACACAAAUGAAUCGAUAGUAUCUGAGUUUGUACUUCGGGGACUCUCUAAUUCUUGGAAACUUCAGCUUUUCUUUUUUGCCAUCUUCUCUAUGGUCUAUGUGACAUCAGUGUUAGGUAACAUAAUGAUUAUUGUCAUCAUUUCCUCUGACUCCCGUUUGAACUCUCCUAUGUAUUUCCUACUCAGUAAUCUUUCUUUCAUUGAUAUCUGCCAAUCUAACUUUGCCACUCCAAAGAUGCUAAUGGACUUUUUUGUUGAGCACAAGACUAUCUCCUUCGAGGGUUGCAUGGCUCAGAUAUUCCUUCUUCAUAGUUUUGUUGGGAGUGAGAUGAUGUUGCUUGUGGCUAUGGCAUAUGACAGAUUUAUUGCCAUAUGUAAGCCCUUGCAUUAUAGUACAAUUAUGACUCGAAAGCUAUGUAUAAUUUUUGUGUGUAUUUCCUGGGCUGUGGGUAUUCUUCAUUCUGUGAGCCACCUGGCUUUUACAGUAGAUUUGCCUUUCUGUGGCCCCAAUGAGGUGGACAGUUUUUUUUGCGACCUUCCCCUGGUGAUAGAAUUGGCUUGCAUGGAUACAUAUGAAAUGGAAAUUAUGACUCUAACUAACAGUGGCCUGAUAUCACUGAGUUGUUUUUUGGCUUUAAUUAUUUCCUACACCAUCAUUUUGAUCACUGUGCAACGCCGGUCCUCCAGUGGGUCAUCCAAGGCUCUUUCUACAUUAACUGCCCACAUCACAGUGGUGAUUCUUUUCUUUGGGCCUUGCAUUUAUUUCUACAUAUGGCCUUUCAGCAGACUGCCUGUGGAUAAGUUCCUUUCUGUCUUUUACACUGUUUGUACACCCUUGUUGAAUCCCAUCAUCUACUCUCUGAGGAAUGAAGAUGUUAAGUCAGCCCUGCAGAAGUUGAGAAACCGUCAUUUGAAAAACCAGAUCUUUUCACUGCUUUGA